GAUUGACAGACGAAAAAUGUUGUGACGGCGUCCGCGAAUCAUGACACACAAAAUAAUUCAUCUUUUUAUCCCUGACCUGUGCUGCGUUGUGCCCCGAAAUGAAUUGGAAAGAGUCGGAGCUGAAGAGUUGCCCGGCAACCGUGUAUUAUGUGCCCAACUUUAUCACUCCCGAAGAGGAAGCUAGCAUACUACAAGCAGUGUCUCGGACACCGAAACCCAAAUGGACUCAUCUGACUAAUCGACGGCUGAUCAACUACGGUGGCAUACCACAUCCGAAAGGAAUGAUAGCAGAAAGUAUACCGGCCUGGUUGGGGCGAUAUGUGGACCGCAUCAACGCGCUGGAUGUGUUUGAUCAGGACACGAAAGCGAACCAUGUGCUGGUAAACGAGUAUCUGCCGGGCCAAGGCAUUAUGCCGCAUCUAGAUGGACCACUGUUUUAUCCCACUAUCACGACCAUUUCGUGCGGAUCACACACCUUGCUGGAAUACUUUGAACAAAGCGAAAGCGAAAGUUUAGAUACCAGCACACUGGUACGUGGCAGGAUAGCUAGUUUGUUGGUCGAACCGCGAAGUUUAUUGGUUGUAAAGGACGAUAUGUAUCACAGGUAUCUGCAUGCGAUACAGGAACGAGAUGAGGAUUUAAUUGACGACGGUGUAGUCAAUCUUUCGCAGCUUGGAAGCGAAGUUAAGCUUGGAGAGCUACUUCACAGAGAAACGCGAGUUUCUUUAACCAUCCGCCACGUACCAAAGACGACAAAAAUGAAAAUAAAGUUGUUUUAAGCUUUAGAUAAGCUCAUUA